AUGUGGGUAUUCGUGAUGCUGGCUUUGGCGGCAGCCGUCAGUGCCGAGUGUCCACGUCACUGCGAGUGUAAAUGGCGCAGUGGAAAAGAAUCGGCACUAUGCGCCAGAGCUGGACUAAACGCAGUCCCACCGCGCCUAGACCCCACCACACAACUACUAGAUUUAGCCGAGAAUCGACUGACAACUCUUCGUGAUGACGCUUUUGCCUCAGCUGGACUUCUUAAUCUUCAACGUUUAUACCUUCCCGCGUGCAAUAUACGAAGUAUUAAACAAUACGCGUUUCGCGCUCUAGUAAAUCUUGUAGAACUGGACCUGUCUCGGAAUCGACUAGAAUCCAUUCCGUCGCACGCCUUUGAUUCAAUUCGAGAACUUCGAGAGCUUCGACUCAGCGGAAAUCCUAUCACGAAAAUUAAAGAUGAAGCCUUUUCAACUUUACCGCAUUUAGUGAGACUAAGUCUUAUAUCUUGUAAAAUAUCUGAAAUUGAGCCAAAAGGCUUUAUCGGUUUAGAAGCUUCGUUGGAGUAUUUAGAGCUAAGUAAAAAUAAACUUCAAGUACUUCACGUCGCAGUCUUAGCACCUUUGAGGUCACUCAAGGGUUUAGAGCUGGCAAAUAAUCCAUGGGAUUGUAAUUGUGUGUUGAGACCACUGAGGGACUGGAUGAUAAGAAAAAAUGUUCCUGCAACCGUCGUGCCAGAGUGUGCACUACCACCGCGCCUUCUUCAACAUUCAUGGGAUCGCUUAGACCUAGAGGACUUUGCUUGUCUUCCUGAAGUAACUACAUCGUCUAGCAAUAUAAAAGGAGUAGAAGGUGAAGAAGUAAUACUGGCAUGCAAAGUGACCGGCAUACCGGCACCAAGAGUUCGAUGGCUACGUUCAGGGCGGCUACUUGCUAAUAGUACUAAUGCAAAUUCCGGAAGAGCAUUCUUAUUGCGAAGUGAAGGUCAAACUAGCACUUUAAUUAUAAAAUCGUCAGAUGUACAAGAUUCAGGACUAUAUACAUGUAAUGCUGAGAAUCGAGCAGGAAAAGUAGAAGUUAUUUUAAAUCUAAUUAUUGACAGAAAAAUACCCGUAAAGGGUUUCGGGGGUCGGGCUUUAAUGGCCGGAAUGGCUGUAUCAGCAGUGAUAGUUUUAAGUUCGUGUUUAGUAGGACUGUGUAUUUAUGAAACUCGUAAAAAGAGACAAAUAGAUAGGUGGAAUGAACAAAUAGUGACAUCAAAUCAUAAUGAAAAUAAUUAUGAAAAAAUUGAAGCUAAUGUAAAAAAUAAUGUAGAACUAUCUCGAUCCACUCCAAUAGAGAAUAGAAAGAGAGGUGAUUAUAGAAACGUUCCUUCCCAUGACCCAGAAGAAGAGUAUGAUGGUUAUAGAAAAGGAGAAGGUCGAGGUGAAGAGAGAGAAGUGACUUCACCAGCUAUGGCUAAAACUUUUCGUCGAAGUGAAUUCGAAGUAGCUGGGUCAAGAUCUGCUGAAGUUGUUCAAGAUCUACAUAUACCUCGCCUGAGCCAGUAUGCGACAAGAUCACAGAAAAACGUCGAAGCCAUGCAAAACUCCAAGUCGACGGGCCUUUUAAGUGGUCGCGUCGAGAUGUUAUCAGAAAAUAGCCGAUUUAACAACAACGCUCGAUCGUGUCCCCAGCCUCGAAUACGUGAACGCCUGGAUAACGAUCUUUCUGGGAGCGAUAGCGAGAAAAAUUACCCUGAUCUUAUAGAGAUGAGUGCAUUAGGUACAAGUUCAUAUUUGCGUGAUACAAAACACGAUCCAUAUUAUUUUUAUACAAUCCCGAGAAGAAAAGAUGGAGAUAGUCGGAGCCCGCUUCUGAGUAGUCGUAGAAACAGUUCUGGUGGCGAUUCAGUAACAUAUCUUGAUAGAAUUGAUAAAAAUCGACAAAAACCAUCUGGUAGGUCAAAUAGUUUUUUAGAUCUAUCUAGCGGCGGAAGUCGAUUACGACGAAAUCCAAGUUUGCCAGCGUCACCCAACAGGGAGCCGUUGACAGUUCCGUCCGCCACUCCACUUUUAGACCUCUCAGGGCUACGAGAUUAUACCCAAACGAGUCCUCCCUUCGAAGACUUUGAUUUUCGAGCGUCUCAACUUGAAAGAUUUUUAGAAGAGUACAGAACUCUAAGGGAACAAUUAUCUAGAAUGAAAGAGACCAGAGAGAACUUGCAAAGAACCAGAGCAGUAGAAAAUGAAGAAUUGAGGUCUAUUCUCAAGGGAAAACCAAGUAUAGCAGUAACUGAAACUUCUUCUUCAGUAGCAUUGACUGAUCCUGCAUCUCCUCUUGCUCUCAGUCCACCCGAAUAUAAGCCCCAACAGUCUCGACCGGAAUGGUUAACGACGUUACUUUAUCGCAAUUAA